UUAUUGUUUUACAUUUGUGUGUAGUGGUCUCCAAGCUGUGCAUAACCUUAGAUGCUGAUGGAAGUGGAACGUAGAAGUGUGUGGAUAAUUUGAAGAAAUUAUCAUGUGAAGUAACACUUUGACUAAUGACACUGCUAUAGUGAUAAAAUGUGGACACUCUGAAAACACAUGUGCGUUAAUUGGUUCAUUUUAUUUAUAUUUAAUUGGCCACGUCACAUCGAACACCGCACGUAAACCCGGCAUUUCUGAUUGAAUGCAACAUCAAUAUUUUUUUUAAUAAAAAAAAUCAUGGAGAGCGGUGAACCCCUGGGAAAAAUGAGUUUUCCACUGUUUGCUAAUAUUUUCAUGUCCGUAUGUGCAUAUUCCAUUACAAUAAAAUUAAUUCCACGAUUGGGGAAGGUUUUUGUGGAGAAGACUAACCUCUGGGGUGUUGAUAUGAAUAAGAGGGAUGGACAAAAAGUACCAGAAGCCUUGGGAGUGGUCAGUGGAUUUGUUUUUCUCUGCACUAUGUUUCUGUUUAUACCGAUACCAUUCGCCAAAUAUAUCGGAGAUAAUUCUAAUUUCCCUCACGCCGAGCUUGUUGAAUUACUAGCUGCUCUCCUGUCCAUUUGCUGGGUACUCAUUCUCGGAUUCGUCGAUGAUGUCUGUGAUCUCAGAUGGAGGGACAAACUAUUAUUGACCACAAUAGUAUCUCUACCCCUUUUAAUGGUUUACUACGUCAAUUGCAACGCAACUGUCAUCAUAAUUCCAAAACCACUGAGACCAUGGUUGGGUCUGUCCGUCGAGCUGUCAUUAUUAUAUUAUAUUUACAUGGCUAUGUUGGCAGUGUUUUGUACAAAUGCCAUCAACAUUCUAGCCGGUAUAAAUGGCCUAGAAGUUGGACAGAGUCUUGUUAUUGCAGCUAGCAUUAUAAUAUUCAAUUUCAUUGAAUUAAGUGGUAAUUUAUGGAAGGCCCACCAGUUUUCAUUGUAUUUAAUGAUACCAUACGUCACAACAUCACUCGCUCUCUUCAAAUACAAUUGGUACCCGUCACGUGUUUUCGUGGGAGAUACUUUUUGCUACUUCUCGGGAAUGACAUUUGCAGUUGUUGGAAUCAUGGGCCAUUUUAGCAAAACUUUGUUACUAUUCUUCAUACCUCAAGUUAUUAAUUUCUUGUACAGUGUACCCCAGUUAUUCCAUUUUGUGGCAUGUCCAAGACAUCGAUUACCCAAAUUCAAUCCAACGAGUGGGAAAUUGGAUCCCAGUGUGACAGUGUUUAAAAAAUCUGAGCUCAAUUUUAUUGGUCGAUUCGUCAUGAACAUUUUUCGAUUACUAAAAAUAGUAAAAUGGAGCGAGGAUGAGAAUGGUGUUGUUACUUGUAACAAUCUCACGUUGAUUAAUUUCGUACUCAUUGUUAUCGGACCAACAACGGAGCCUCAGUUGACGAAAAUUCUUUUAAUAAUUCAGAUGGCAAGUUCAUGCUUGGCCUUUCUCAUCAGAUAUCCUCUCGCAUCUGUCUUUUAUGACGUAUAAAUAGGAGAAAUUAUAACAAGCCUGAGAUGAUUUACCUCUCAUGAGAUGAAGCCAGCAAACAAGUCAAUCUAGUCUCCAAGGGCUCAAUUUCUAAGACUAGUUGGAAACAAGAUUCACCUAAAGAUGAUUUUUUAUUUUCUGGAGGACAAUCGGGGGAGCCAAAUGACGGGAAUUCACAGUGAUCAAUGUUCAUAAAAAUAUUUUCAGGUGUUUAUAUAAUUGUUGCGUGAUAACAAACGAUUUAAUUACUAUAGAAAAUACACCAACAAUAAUAAAAAAAAAAGGAGGAAAGCACUUGCAGUUUGUACAGGGUGUUUUCAUGAAGAUAUUUAAGUGAUAAACAUAUUGACAUUACAAGCUCCAGACUUUGAAUUUUUGCUUCAUUUUCCGUUGUCACACACACAUACACAUGAUUUAUAAACUUGUUUCAUAUAACAUCUCGUAAUUUAAUUCAAUUUAAUUGUUAAUUUACAAAAAAAAAAUAAAAAAAAUUUGUUACCAAGUC